CGGCCUUCCUCCUUCCUCAUUUUCGCAGCCAUGGCAGUUCCCGGCGUUUGCUUGCCGCAGAAAAAUACCUCAAGAGUAUUAAGACAGAAGGCUGAGGAGUUUCUCGCGUCGAGGAAAUACGCCAACAACCUUGUAGACAUCAUAGGACAGUGGGAAGAGUCCAAUACAUCAUGCAUUCUCACUUUGGAAAUGAUAUUUAUCGAGGUUUUGAAAAGGGGGAAUAUGUACCAAGAACAGAGCAUAUCUCUCACCAUCUCUGGUAAGUUUAAAUACCUCAUCGUUCGGACAAAAAAAGAGCCAAGCCCAGAAUCUCGCUACAUAUCGUGGCUACGUAAUUGCUAUGAAGAAGUAUGGGGAAAAUUGCUUCAGUCGAUUGAGGGAUGUCGGCCAGCGAUACAGUUGCAGGCUUUAUCAACUGCUCUAAAACUAAUGGCAGAAGAGGGAAAAAUGCCCUUGGAGCCAACAGAUAACCUUGGAUAUUACUUUCCACUGCAUAGACUAAAGCCCAUACUGAUGAAGUUACUAUCGCCUGAUAAGGAGAACACGAAUCUUAUUGCUAGAUUUCAAGAAAUUGCUGCAUAUCCUGAUGCCCUUUAUUUCACGUGGAAAAGUUUACCGGCAUUGACUCCAAAGAAACAACCAAAUGAUACUUACAUAAGUAAUUUAUUGGAGCUCAUCGAUAAAAUGCCGCUGCCGAAGGAUGGCCUUGGUGAAAAGGAUGAGGAGUGGAAACUCCUGUGUGGUCCACAACAGGAAGAAGGUAACAAUUUUGUCUCAUGGGACCAGUUCGGGGCUAGAAAAGCAUUAAAUAAGGUGUGGGCCUGCGUAAUGCAUUGGGAGUUGGGAGUCCAAGUUCACAAAAAAUUGCUUGUUGUUUUACUGGAGCGUGUGAUUCAUCACUUGGACAAGCCAAUCUUAUUAACUGAUUUUCUCAUGGAUUCUUUGGACAUUGACGGUCCUAUAGGGAUGCUUGCACUUCAAGGCGUUUUUCUACUUGUUACCAAGCACAAUCUAGAUUAUCCCAAUAUAUUCACCAAACUUUAUUCCAUGUUUGAACCAGAGAUUUUUCACACAAAGUAUAAAGCGAGGCUCUUCUAUCUCUCGGAUCUCUUCCUUAGCUCUACACAUUUACCUGAAGCACUGGUGGCGGCAUUUGCAAAGCGACUUGCUCGGCUCACUUUAGUUGCCCCACCUGAAGAUAUUCUCAUCAUAUUACUAUUUGUGGGCAACCUAUUGCUGAGGCAUCCAGGUCUAAAGCGAAUGAUCGAUCAUCCAGAGGGUGGUGAGGUUAAAGGAAGUAGCGGAGAUGACCCGUUCCUAAUGGAGGAAAGAGAUCCGCUACUAAGUAACGCGCUCAUGACUAGUCUCUGGGAAAUUAGGGCCCUACAAUGGCACACGAUGCCUGGUGUAGCUGCUGCGGCACGUUUUAUCCGUGAUCCGUUGCCUUCCGUCGAAUAUGAUAUGGCGGCUGCUUUGGAGCGCACUGGUGGUCACAUAUUUGAACGUGAAUUGAAGAGUAAAGUUAAAGAAAUCAUGCUGACCUUUGAGCGACCUACAUCUAUGGCUUUACCAAAAGGCGAACGACUCUUGCAGUACUGGCAACUUACAACUAUACAUUGACUCCUCAGUGGGAUAAGCUGAAAGCUACCAAUUUUAGAAAACUUGGCAAAGAGUAAAGGUCUGAGGUAGUAUAAGCGUUGGAUAUCAGAAUUGAUCGAAAUGAUAUUAGGUUGAACAAAAUUCUUUCUCAUAUUAACAACGAAGAGAAUAUGUGAUUUCCAGCGGUUAAAUGAUAAUUGUGAAUAUAUCGCGGUAUGGUGAAAGAUGUAACAAAUCGGUUGAUUCUUCUACCGUUCGUUUUGGCACCCGUGUAGCUACCUGUACUUUGGAUUACUCAUAUGAUACAAUUUUCAUCAAAUUCGUGGGGCAAGUGUUUGUGAAAAAGAACUCCGCACUAUAAAAUUUUUCAUCAAGGCUUCGAGGGCUUAAUUUCGAACGUAAUAAGGAAUAUAAUACGAGUUUUUUUGAAAAAUAAAAAUACAUAAAUAAAUGACGUUUAAUUGUUUGGAUUAAGAUCUCAAACAUAUCAGGUGUGCGACGAACAUGAAAAACAGUGGAAUCUACCAACCAGCCAAUUCAACGAUUUUCAGAUCAAAAUAAUAAAUCGUAAUUGAAGGAUUAAUCUUGCACGCGACACAUAACCAGGUACCAUGAUCAAAUAUCAAUGAAAUCAGAAUGGCUGUAAUCUUGAAACAUAACUACUGAAUGUAAAAAAAAGAAAAGAAAAAAUUGUGAUAUAGCUUAUGAAAAAAAACUUGUACUCUGAGAAAAAUCUGAAUCGCGCGAGUUUCUAUUUUGUAAGCACACUAUAUUACUAUGGAUUCACAUUGAGUAUUGUAAACGUUGAAAAAAUAGAUAUGAGUAUAUAUAUAUGUACAUAAAUAUAUAUCAUUGAAUAAUAAUGAAUCAACUCAAGUUUAAAAAAUUGAUUCUCUAGAAAUUGACAGUUUGAUACGAUUCUGUUAUUGACAAAAUUGAUAUGUCUUGUUUAUUGUGACAAAUGUUUUUCCUUUUUUUUUGCAUAACAAUGAAGUCCAUUCUAAAGACGCACUAUCGUUCAUCGUAUUGUUAGUGCUUUAUUUUAUAUCCAUGGACGUUUGAAGAUGUAAAUGAAGUUAGUUUUCAAAGACAUUAGUGGAUUUCAUGUGCAAACAUUCAAUUCCAAACAAUAUAUUGAAUAAUAUACGAGUUAAAAUCAUGAUAAUAGUCUAACUAUCAAUGGUUUGAAAUUGGCAUACUCCCGAAAGUUGAUAAAUCAAUAGACCACGACGGUACUGCAGAAUGCAUACUGACCAUCUGUUUGCAUAAAUGACGGUAACGACUCGCGAUGCAAUUUUUUGAAUUUGCCAACUGACGAAUGACUGGCUUCUGUUGCAGUUAUAACCAAUGUAGAUAAUACAAUUCAAAGAUAGAAAAAGAUAACUCAGUGUCAGCUGCUUACAAGUGAAAGAAUGACAAAUUUGCGGUGUAUUCUUUUAACUUCUUCAAGUAAUAAAGAGCGAGAGGUUAUAUUGUUCGGCUACAUCGUUUGUAUUCCAUGACGUCAUAUACAAACUGAGACUGUUGCCACAACGGAUUUUGCUCAUCCGCUCACCUCUGUGUCCUCUGACAUCAGAAUUUCAACAAUAUGUACGAUCCCCCCAUUCCACUGAUCUCAAUUAUAAUCACAUUACAAUAGAGAUUAUUGCCAUGAUUAUUGCCCUACUCCCGCCAUAUUGUCCAACUAUGAGCCAACCAAUCAUAAUACAGGGUUGAACAAUGAAUCCGAUAGUUUUUGUAAAUCGACUAUAGUUUCCAGCACUAUCCGCGAGCGUAGUUUCCAAUCUUCAUUCGACGCAGCACUGACUAUAGAUAAAUGAGAGGCCUGUUAUAUCGACGCCCUGCGCCUGCCGUGUCGCCGAUAACAAAAUAAUUUCAUGUUCAUUGUGGAGAACAGUUCGUGAAUAGUGGAUCGAAUUGUAUGUUGUGUGAGAAACUAGCGGGUGUAUUUAUUAUCAAUAUCAGUAUGGACUUGAAUUGAAGUUAACAUGGUAUCAGGAUUCUGAAAAUAGUGUGCACCCAAUAAAUUCUCCGCAUACAGCUGGUAGCAGACGCUAGCAGCGACACCUACCCUCUCUGGGCGAGCAAGCGUGGCUAAUCAAGGCACCAAAAG